AUGAAAAUCCCUUCCCUCAAGCGUGCCCCAUCACCCAAACCUGAAACCAAAUCAAAACGCAGGCGACUUGUUAAGCAAUAUGCUCCAACUGAACCUUUAACAACAGGUAUUGAUUCUCCUAACUCUCCAAAUAGCCUGACCACAAAUUCUCCCAUUCCACUAUUUGUGGCUCUUCCAAACACUGCUGACCUAGAAUCUCCACAAAAGUCUUCACCAACUUCUCCUCAUGCCUCUAAAUCCGUAUCUCCAAACCCAAAGGAAACAGAUAAACAAUCUCCUGAAACCACACAAUGCAUUGACCUAACAUCUACAUCACCAAUCCUUGUAGAAUCCACACCACAAACGGUUGUCAUAUCUCAAGCUCCAGUUUCUCUUCAAACUGAAACUAUCUCAAAUGUUGAAAUUCAUUCAACUCUGGAGACUUCUGACACUGACAUGAUCAACAUUUUCGCUCUUGAAAACCUUCUUUCAAGUCCUCCUACUGCUUCAGCUCACCAACCACCCUCACCAAAAUCUCCACACACUCCUGCUUCCAAUCCAAACCCGGAUGCUCAGUUGUCCUCACUCAUAUCCAUACUUGAGGCUGAAUUAUUAACUCCACCUGCUUCAAAUCAGCAAACUUCAAUUAUUCCCCAUGUUGUCACCUACACUUCCCCUUCUAUGACAAUAGUUCCUGUCUCUACCAUCUCACCAUUGAAUUCACCAGAAUCCUAUAAAGAACCUUCUCCUCCAAGAGUUCAACUGACCUCCAUUAACCACACAGACUCUGAUGAUCUUACUGCUCAAAUAGAAGCCUUUUUUCAACAACCCCAUUCAACCACCUGA